AUGGCUCUUCGCGUUUUAUCCUUACACAGCGAGAUCUACGCUACGGAAUCAGUAGCUUGCUUGAUUAAAAAAAUGAAUAAAGAUGAAGCGUUUCUCGCCGAAGAGUUGAUGCAGAUCUUGAUCGAACGCGGCUACUUCCACGACGGUAUCGAGCCUGUUCAAUCCUCGGAUGUUGACUUGCAUUCCGAUUUUCCCACGUUCGGGAUCGAAAAUUCCAGUAUAGUGAGAACAAGCUCCGGAACGUUCGUAACCCUCGAGCGCCUUUGUCUCGACUUUUGGGAAUAUUUUGAAAAGAGAGCGCGUGAACUCUGCACCUACGACGAGGCGGCCAUGGCUCUACAUGUUGCAGUCCGCGACCUCCGCCGUACAUUGGAUAAUACUGUCAGAUCUUCGAAGACCGCGUCUCUGCUCGUGAUCAAUGACCAUUAUCUCACUACCGCAAAGCGCAUAGAUGAUAUGCUGGACGAAAGUCUGUCGUUGCUGGAUUCGAAUUUCGGUGGACGCGCUUUGGUGUCCGAACUGGUAGGAAAGUCUUUUCACCUUCCACUCAGUAACUUUCUGCAGCUUUUGGAAGAUCGCAGAAGAUGCUUACCCUACGAUGUGGAAUUGCGACUCCAAGAUAAUGGUUCCAAAACUUUGGUUACGCAACGCUAUCUAGCUUUGCUGCGGUCGCAGAUCUCCUCAGCCUUUGCCGACUUCACGGAACCGACAUCAUUGGUCUCUGUAGCCCGUCGCCAUUCGUGGGAAGUCUGUUGGAUGAGCGACAUAUUAAAAGACAUCGCUCAAGAGCUCCCGGGGGCGCUGCAUGGCGAUGAUAGCUAUGUGCCCCACUCCUUCACUCAGCAAAAGCAUCAGACAGUGACCGAUUCUUUUGCUUCGAAUGGAUUCGUUUCAACGACCUUGUGUCAAACUGUCGCUAUGCUGCCGUCGGAACUCAAGCGCAUUGUUGCUUCUUCUUGUUCUGAAGCAAUAAUCUUGGAGAAUAGCGUUGUUCACCCUCUUAUGAUAGUCGGUCCUUUGGAAGGAGCUACCCAAGACUCGAUUGAAAUUGACGGCUGGCUCGACUUACAGCAGUACAUACCGGCAGAACUGCUAGCCUAUGAAUCGGACACAAAAGCCCUCUUGCAAAAUUGUAUUUUGUCCAAGCUGGAUGAAGGUUCUAGAGGCGUCGCUGCGAUAUCAAAGUUAGCAGCCGUUUUCGUCAGUCAAGGUAUGAUCGCUAAAAUUUCAAAUUCAGUUCUUCCCCUAAUGAUCGAGCCCUUCGCGAAAGAACGAGCUAAAGCUUUGGAAAGCCAGCAUGGACAGAGUGGAAUCGCGUCUACCAAAUCAAAGCGCAAGUCUAAAAAAAAUCUUGAAGCCUUGUCGAGCGAUAGAACUGGAUUGCCUUCGGAUACAAUACCGUCCAUGGCCGACAUUGUGACUUUGGUAUUAAACGCCUACCCAGACAUAUCCGACUGGGUGCGAGAGACUGGUGCUAUGGGAAAGGCGGUGUUGGAAGAAGCUUUUUGCUCGUGCGUUACUGAAGAAUUUCGAGCAUUGUGUGAAAAGUCUGUCCAAGCUGAACUUCGUCUCUUGCGGUCUUCACGGAUUACGCGAACCAGCGCAUCCAUGACGCAGAGUAUGGAAGGCGCAUUCGAAGAUCCACAGUGCUUCGCAACCUCCUGUUAUGUGAUUCAAAUGGCAUCCAAGCUUUUGCAGUAUCUGGCUAAGCGUGAGGUAAAAGCGGAAGCCGUGAACGCUAUGCGGCAAGAUAUCCUUCGAGGACCUUGUGCUGAUUUCUGCCGUCGGCUAACUGAAUACUGUCUGUUAAAGAACGAAAUUGUGGAAGGCAUCUUUUCAUUUGACGCAGACUCAGUUGAGUCGCACUCUGCCGCCGAACUCCCUCACUGCUGCUUAGCGGUUGAUACAUCGAGACGGCGGUACUUUCGAACACAUUUGACAUGUCACCCAGAUGCACAAGGGAAGCCUCGAGAUCCUCUUCCUACACUUCGCACCACGCUCCCCGGUAGCAUUGGUAUGGCAUUGACGCACCUGUGGAUACUGUGUGGGGGAGAUUGCUAUCAAGGUGGUACCAAGAAUGGACAACCGAGCCCUCCUGGCAACUUUGACGCUUUUUCUUCACACGCGGAAGAGAAUUGUCUCACCAUCUGCGGUCUUCCUUUUAAGAAACUCGACAAAAAAUCAGAGAAGCAAUUGCUGUUUGACCGGCGGCUACGGCUGAGUCAGCAGCUCAAAGACUCUAUCGAUCCGGAAGUAGUUCUCGAGCUAAGCACAAUGUUACUCUACCAGUCAAUCAAGAAUUUGUUUGUCUUCGGAGAGAGUGUCCAAAAAUCUCUAUUGAAUAUGUUGGUCACAGAGCGCAAGGUCUCAGACGAAGUCGCUACAGGACUUCAAACCUUGGCCACAUGCAUAUCCGUGGGUAAUGUAGACACCGAGAAUAUGAAUCAAGUUCGCGAAUUUGGGUUGAGUCGCUACGGAUCAAAGUAAAGAAGUUGAUAGUAAGCCAUGCCUCGCAUUCUCGCAUAAAUGUACCUUGGCUUCCUUUGCAUUCUUGCUUUGGUUAUCACAUACCGAAUUUACUUCCUUUCAUCUUUGCACAAUCAAGAGAGACUAAAGCGACCAUUCCGCUACAAGAAGACACUUGAGCAGGCUAGUCGAUUUUGCCAAGCUUCUUUAACGGACUGUUUCUUGAGUAAGUAAUCUGUUUUCAACUAUAAAUUAGAAUCUUUGAUGAAUCUGUUUU